UAUCGAUAAUUCCGCAGUUACACUUCUGCUCAUCCCUAAUGACCAGAUUUUUACCGCGUUUUCGGCUAAUUUUUCGACAACUAACCAGAAUGGCUGAUGCUUCGCCCCCGAAACGCCCAACUCCCAUUUGGAUUGGAACACACAGCGGAACCUUCCACUGCGAUGAGGUUGUGGCAUGCUUCAUGCUGAGGCAAUUGCCGGAGUACGAGAAUGCGGAGAUCUUUCGCAGUCGUGACGAUACGGCAUUGAGGGAAAAGUGUGACAUCAUAGUGGAUGUGGGCGGUGUAUACGACCAUGCCAAGAAAUGGUAUGAUCAUCACCAGACAUCCUUCAAGGAAACAUUCAACAUUCUUCGCCCAGAGGUGGCCAAGAACUUUAACAUCCGGCUAAGCAGUGCUGGCCUCAUCUAUACCCACUACGGGGAGCGAGUCAUUCAGAGUAUCUUGAAGCGUGAGCGUAAUGUCCAGCUGUCGCCGGACAAUCUGCAACUGGCCUUUGUGCAGAUCUAUAGGAAUUUCAUCAGUGAACUGGACGCCAUUGAUAAUGGCGAGGUUAUGUUUGAAGGAGGCGAGCCACGCUAUGGGAUUCACAGUCACCUGUCGGCACGUGUGGGCAGGCUAAAUCCCUCCUGGCAGGACACGAAUGUCGAUAUCGAACAGCGUUUCAAGCAGGCUAUGGAUCUGGCUGGCCGGGAGUUUGUGGACAACGUUUUGGAGGUGGCCUGCUCCUGGAUUGCGGCUAGAGACCAUGUGCGCGAUGCUUUAAAGGAGGCAAAGAGUGUCUACCCCACCGGAGAGAUUCUCCUGUUGACCACAUUCUGCCCCUGGAAAGCUCACUUGGCCGAUCUGGAAAAGGAGUACCAAGUGGAAGGCGUGCCAAAGUUGAUUAUUUUCUCUGACGGCACCGGUUGGCGGGUGGCUGGAGUGCCCCUUAGUCCCGGUAGUUUUGUGGGACGCAAGUUUCUUCCCACCUCCUGGAGAGGCAAGAGAGACGAGGAGCUGAGCGAACUGGCGGGGGUCAAAGAUCUCAUAUUUGUCCACCACAGCGGAUUCAUUGGUGGAGCCAAGACCAAAGAGGCGGCUUUGGCAAUGGCCAAGAAGUCUCUUGAGUGGAAAGAUGAAUAGCAGCUACAAAUAAAGAGCACAUUGAGUACCUAAACAAA